UUUGUAAUGUUUUGGGUGGUGUGUGUUUUAGAAGUUUGUCUUCUCUCAUUUAUAUUGAAAAAAAUGGGAUGGGAGUGGAAGAGACUGUGUUCAUUUUCUAUGGGUUUGAUCCUCUUGGGGAAUACAGAUGGAUUUAGUGUUCCACCUAAUCCAGCUACCAGUGACUGGCAACCUAUAGAUUCUGUUGCCUCAAAUAAUGAGUCUGGUGUUCCUCCUGAAAACCACUUUGACAAAGCUAGAAUCCAACCUUCUGAGCUGCCAUCCAGAAAUACUCUAAGUGGUAAUUCUGAGUGGGUAGAACUUGACCCUAUUAUUCACAUGCCCCUCUCCAAGUCCCAGACUGCUCAGCAUGGUGCUGUUUCAGUUCAGACUUCUGAUUCUGGUAAACCUGUCCUACAUAAAGAGAACCAAUAUGGUCAUCCCCUUAUGCGUCAGGGAAGCUACAGGACCCCACCGUCAAAGCCAUAUUUGUAUGCUUCAAAUAACUGGAAGUCUGUCAACUGUGGACAUGUUGCUUCCCAAUAUCCUGCCAGAAAUCAAGAUGUGCCCAGGCCUGUGGCCAAAUCCCGGAGUUCAGAAAAUGCGUUUAUGCCUACCUAUAAUCAGAACCGCUAUGGCGCUCAACUCUCUGAAGCUUCUCGCUCAUAUACUUUGAAAGGAUGGCAGACUCCAUUUUCAUACGAAAGCACCCCAAACCAGCCAAAUGAGCCCAUGCCUCAAUCAUCUUGGAGUUUAGCAAAAUUGUAUUCUGCCACCUCUCUGAAUCAAGGUACCCAUAGAGGUCAUCACACUCUACCUUCAAGCCAGUAUACCUCUACAGGGAGGCCGAGGGUUCCAUCACCACCUCAAUCUCAAAGCAAGCCUAGAGAGUAUAUCGUGGGAUCUUUGACCCAGCCAGCAAACCAAUUCAUGAUCCCAUCCCAGACUUCAAGAGCAUCUUCUGUUGUCUCUUUGGGUCAAGACAGAUAUGGGGCUCAAUCCACAGCUGCUUCUGGAUCAUACAAUGCUCAGGCCUCUAGCCGGUAUAUCUUUUCCCGGGGGAAGAGCACUCCUUCAUUUUCCCAGUCAAGAGACACCCUGACUCAAGUCCAGUCCAAGCUGAUGUUCCCAAGAGAGGGUUUAGGGACCAGGGACAUGUCUUCAAUUCCAACUGGCUCAGGAGCUAAAUGGUAUAGGGUGGAUCCUCUUAAGUUUCAGGUUUUGCAAUUCUCCCACACUUAGAUUCAGUGACUUGGUAUGGCCAGGCUGCCUCAAGCAACUAUCCCCCUAUGACUGACUGCCAAAGCACCCCAACCCCAUUUGUAUUUCAACACCAAAGUGAUCAUGCUUCCAAACCUUCAGCCCUCAUGUCAUGUCCUAGGCCCCCCCCCCCCAUAGAGGGGCCCAAAGCUCAAUGAGCAUCCCAUGGGUUAUCACCCUUUGCUUCAAAGUGGGACAUAUUGAACAGUACAGCUCAGUAAGUGGUGCACCAUCCAGAGCCUUCCUGUCUGCUCCAAGGACCCCAACCUACUUUGGACUUCUGCAAUGGCAGAGCAUCUGACAAACCAACCUCUGCUGUAGGUUCUUUACUCAACCAGCAGUUAUUUGAAGCACUAGGGGCAGGUGGGUCCUCAGAUUUUCAGGUUACUCCAAGCCUUACUGAUUCUGAACUUAGGUUGUGGUCAUAUAUAUCUCUGAGUAGGUUGUGGUCAACCAGCUACAGCUUUGCUUAAAAUCUAAGUGACCCCAGUGACUGCAAACCUGCAACCUGGCAUUUGCCUGAACUGUUUUGACUCGGUGGUGAAGCGCUGGGUAUCGCAUCAAUUGCCACAUGUUCCUGACCAAGGUUCUUGCUCAUUUGAAUGGUAUCAUGUUUGAAUCUUCAGCAUUAAAAAAGAAUUAAGCUUAUUGGCCAUUUCGCUCUGGUUCUUCUUGAUGGCUCUGGUUCUUGCAUGUCAACAUUAAAUGCAUUGGUUCACUGCUGUUUUUGUAUUAAAAGAAUACAAAUGUUA